AUGCCCGGCGACGACGUGCCGGAUUCGACAGACUGGCUAUCGACGCCCUUGUCUGGGCUCGCCUCUGUCGAGGCCGCGAUCCGAUGCCAGGUCUGCAAGGACUUCUACAAGACGCCCAUGAUUACGUCGUGCUCCCACACCUUUUGCUCUCUUUGCAUCAGGAGGGCAUUGUCCAACGACGGCAAAUGCCCGUUGUGUAGGGCCCCGGAACAGGAGCUCAAGCUUCGAUGCAACUGGUCCGUCGAGGAGGCCGCCGAGGCGUUUUCGAGAGCCAGAGAGGCGAUUUUGGGUUUCGCAAGAAGUAUUCAGUCGAGGGAACGCUCGCCGAAAAGGAAAGCCGACGACCAAACAUCGCCUGCGACGCACGCUGCUCCCGAACCCAAGAGGCUACGAAGUUCUGCGCGCCUGAGCAAAACCCGCACCGAUCAAGCUGCAACGGCUGCAGAAGUGAACGACGGGGCACCGGAGGAGGUAAUACAAGCAUCGGACGACGAGGACGAAGACGAAUAUGUUCCUGACGAUCCCGAUGGCCUGGUCCCCUGCCCAGUCUGCGAUAAGAAAAUGAAGGCUUGGCAAGUAUUUCAACACCUCGAGACUUGCCCUGGGCCAUCGCCGGCCCCGACAAGCAGCAGCAGUACACCCUCGUUUGGCCAUCGUCAACAACGACAAGACAAGACGAUUGAUCGUCUACCCGCGCUGAACUACUCCAUGCUCAAGGAGCAAGCCCUUCGCAAGAAAUUGAACGAGCUGGGGAUAUCCAGUCAAGGGCCCCGGGUAUUGUUGGAGAAACGCCACCGGGAAUGGCUGACUGUUUGGAACGCCAACUGUGACGCAGCUCAACCUAAGAAGCGCUCCGAGCUGCUUCAAGAUCUGGAAAUAUGGGAACGUACGCAAGGUGGCCGCGCACCGACGACCAGCAAGGCAUUGCAAGCUGCCGCCGCCAUAAAGGACAAGGACUUUGACGGUGCGGCCUGGGCCGCCAAACACGACUCCUCAUUCAAAGACCUGAUUGCCAGCGCGAGAAAAAGUCGAGCUGAGGCAGCGAAGGCACAGGAUGAUGAGUCGGCGGACACGACGACAAGAAUACCCACAGAAAGCCCUGGACAGAAUGUUCCAGUAUACCACGAAGCUUCGAGGACGACUCCUCCAGAGGACGGGCGCCUGGAUCCACAGUUCGGCGGCAGCGCAUCAGUACAGCCCGGAUCAGAAGACUCUCGCGCAAACGAUCACUCAAUACCCCUCAAUGACCCAGGGCUUCAACUCGAUGGGGAAGUCGCAGAUGCCUCAGCUGCCACCCCUGCAACCCAGUCUGCUCUGGAAAUUCGGCAGGACUUUGGCGCUCUUUGA